AUGCUGGCCACGGUCGGGAGCCUCCUGCGCCUCCGCCUAGGGCGCAUCCCCUGCUGCGCCCCGGGAGCGCCCCCAGAUGUCGAGAGGCGGCCGGUCGCGUCUCUCUGGCCCCGGGGUCACCCCCAGUACUCCAGUGGCGGGAGCCCCGGCCGCUCGGAGCCCCCAGGUUCUGCCGAGAAGGUCCAUAGGGUCCCCGCUGAGCACAAGCCGUCGCAAUUCGACAAGAGAAUCCUGCUGUGGACCGGGCGUUUCAAAGCGAUGGAGGAUAUCCCGCCUCGGAUUCCGCCAGAAAUGAUAGAUGCUGCAAGAAACAAAGCUCGGGUGAAAGCUUGUUACAUAAUGAUUGGACUCACAAUCAUUGCCUGCUUUGCAGUGAUAGCAUCAGCCAAAAGGGCUGCAGAACGACAUGAAUCUUUAACAAGUUGGAACCUGGCAAAGAAGGCAAAAUGGCGUGAAGAAGCAGCGCUGGCUGCACAGGCCAAGGCUAAAUGA